GGCUUGCACCUACUACUCCAUUUUACAUGGUCUCCCGCGACACAAAUAUUUUUCCUCGCUCCUGUUCCGCCGAGAUCAGCCUGAGCAAAAUGAGGAGAUUAAUUGGAUUAAAGAUGAAGAUGAAGAUGCCUCCCACUCAUUUGAGCAGUCUGGAGGAGAGAACAAAGCGGAAAGCAUUGGAAGAAAACUACUGGGAUUGCAGUGUUUGUACAUACAGAAAUAAUGCCGAAGCGUUCAAGUGCCUGAUGUGCGACAUACGAAAAGGGACUUCCACCAGGAAGCCCAGAAUCAAUCCGCAGCUGGUGGCACAACAAGUUGCUCAACAGUUUGCCCCAGCAGCGCCCAAAAUCAAGAAGGAAGGCGGCAAGUCAGACAAAAAAUCUUCAGAUAAAUAUUCCAAGAAGGGAAAGCUGCUAUCGAGACUGAAGAAUGUGGACCGGAGUAGUGCACAACAUCGAGAAGUUACGGUGAACAAUGUGACUGUGAUUAUCACCGAGUACAAACCGAAACUGGCCAACUCGGACCAGUCGGGACAGUCGAGUAGUGCGUCGUCCGAGAUGAGUCACUCCGAGUCGAGCACGGACGCGCGCAGCAACGACCUGGGCACCGACUCGCGAAGCUCAUAACAGCCACAGCUCAAUUUAAUUCCACUGCUUACUUGCUCGAUCCCUUGAUAGAUUACCGCUGCUACGAUGAAUUCUGAUAUCAAGUUUUCGCACCAAGGCUCCGAAUUUUAAUCAUUUUCGUUUGUAACUUACAUUUUAGCAUAAAAUCAUCUUACUUAUAGGCCGCAAAUAAUUGUCUUUUCUUUAAAAAUUGGUGGAAAAUUCGACUGUUUCGGAGUCCUGUUUCUCAUUCACUGCCAUGCAAACAGAAUCAAGUCCAGCAGAGCUGCAAAUUUUGUUUUUUUUCGUCUAUCGACGCAUCCGUGUGCAAAGACUGCGAGAAUACUCCGUUUUCCUUGUGUCUCUCAUCGUCGUGUUAACAGCUAGAAAUACGUGCGCGCGUGUGCCAUCUCGUUGUUCCACUGAGUGUAUCAUAAUAGUGCUCUAAAGUUUAGUUCCUCUCUCACGUUGUGUGCGUUGCUCGAGAUUGAUCGUUUUUAAAUCAGUUUUGACCCCCCAUAAUCCGUUUGCUUUAUCUGUUGCUAGCGUAGUCAGUAUGUCUGAGGUGGUGAUGCAUCAUUUUUAAUAAUAAUUGUUUCAAUCCGGAAACACCUGUGUAGUGCGUGGUGGCGCUGGUGGUCCGCUCAUUUCCGCCAAAUCGGCUUUUCAGAGUGGAAAAUUUUUCCGAACCGUGGGAAAAUAAAAACCGAAAUCUAGCUGUUGCGUCAAAACAAAUUCAGAAAUUCAGUGACGUCGUUUCUAUUACUGUUUUGUAGGGUUUCCACGAUAAUUUGCAGUGGUGAUUUAUUUUGCAGCCAGAAAAAUAAAUUACAACUUGAAUAAUUGGAUGCAUAUUAGUUGUUCCCUUAGCCAAAAAGUAUGAAUUCUUUUAUUGAGUGUUUUGGUCUUUAAAACGAGGCUAGCCAAUUUGCCAAACUUAAAAACUAAAUUUCACCAAAUAUUUAUUCAUCUACGCCCUUUAGCCCAGUUUAUAUGUUGAGUUUAAAUUGCUAAUAUUUUUAAAUUUAUUUUAUUUGGUUAAUUUGCAUUCAUCCAUCAACUUUAACCAGUUUUUUUUGCACAAUUCGGCUCGUUUGAAGUCAAUUAAUUGGUAUAUAAUUAUAUUUUUAUCGAUUUAUUGGAAAUUUUCAGUGCCAGUCAUUGCUCUCUAUUUGCCAAUUUGGGUUCCCCAACAUCUUCGUACAAAUAUUUUUUAAGUUUACGAAAAAGCAGAUUUUUUAUUAAAUUUUUUAAAAUUAAUUUGGCCUCUUUAUGUUUUCGGACGAAAAAUUAGUUGAUAACAAGGAAAUGAUGUCUACAAAAAAUAGAACCCACAGCUAUUAUUAAUAAUUGCAUUCCUUCUGAUUUUAAGAUUAGAAAACUGGAGCCUCUAACAAAAAUAAUAAAUCAGAUUAUUGGCAAUGACGUCACUGAGGACGCCUCUCUUUAGCUAUCUUUGUUCUGACGCAAUUUAGAUCUCCGGUCCUACGACCCACAUUAAUAUUCGACUUCAGAUUUGAAAUUUUUUAAAGAUUAUCAGUGCCGCCGCAAGAAUUGCUUAGUAAUAAUAGUUAUAUAUCACUGAAAGAGCUACAUGCUCGCAAUUGAACAGAACUCAGGACAAAAACCACUAAAACUGUAAAUUUGUCACAUAUAAAUAUUAUUUUUUACUUGAAUUCACCGUCAAUUCUGACAAAAUCUAGUUUCAAAGUAGCGAAUGAAAACUGCAUUUUCACCCCCUCCCUACAGAAAGAAUUACUGCUGUGUGUUGAAGGAAGUAAAAGAGGCUGGAUGCGCUGUUAAAGUUGGUUACCAAAAUGUGGAAGGAGGAGAGAGUCACCUCUCUCUUGUGCCGAGUGAAGUGCUUACUUGAAAGAACUUUGUGCGAUACAAAUCAAGAUACUCUGCGUGUGUUAUUCUUGUCAAAAUUCCAAAUGUCGUGCAUUUAUCGAAUUCGGAUGGAGGCGUGCUGGAAGGAGUGGCGGUCAAAGGGUACUUUAUUACACUGUGCGAUGCAUGGAUACUGGUAUUUUUAUCGUUUCUGCGUUUACUCAGCCAAUCAUCAGAACAUUGAAUAGAAUAAAUCGAAACUGUAUUGAUACAAAAA